CAGUUCUUCACAAAUAUGAGUUCCUUUCUCCUUUCCCUUCUCUGUUCCCUCAGGAAAGCCUCUUUAUUGAAUCCUACCACUAACCCUGAUGAGAGAGGCUUUUGGUGGUAUCAGGGCACAGAUUCCUUCUCCAGGCUGGCUUCUCACAGCUCCUGCAUAUGGAAACUGAGAGGGACCCUGAAGUCUGGGAACCUGACAGAAAAUGACAUCCAGAAGUUCCCUAAGCUCCGGGUGCCGAUUCUCAGUAAGUUAAGUCAAGAAAUCAACAAGAAUGAAGAAAGAAGGAGCAUUUUCACACGCAAACCCCAAGUCCAGCGGUUUCCUGAAGAGACAGAAAGCCAUGAAGAAGACAACGGGGGCUGGUCAUCCUUUGAAGAAGAUGACUAUGAAAGCCCCAAUGACGAUGAGGAGGGGGAGGACGAGGGUGACUACGAGUCCCCCAACGAGGAGGAGGAAGGGGCGCCCGUGGAAGACGAUGCGGAUUAUGAGCCACCGCCCUCCAAUGAUGAGGAGGCUUUGCAGAACUCCAUCCUGCCUGCCAAGCCUUUCUCCAACUCCAACUCCAUGUACAUCGACCGGCCCCCCUCCAGCAAAGUCCCGCAGCAGCCGCCAGUGCCCCCGCAGAGACCAAUGGCCGUGCUCCCUCCUCCACCUGCAGGCCGGAGCCACGCGCCACUCCCCCCACCCCAGCCCAACCACGAAGAGCCUAGCAGAAGUAGAAACCAUAAACCAGCAAAGCUCCCUGCUCCUUCCAUAGACAGAAGCACGAAACCUCCCCUCGAUCGUUCGUUAGCCCCAUUUGACAGAGAGCCCUUCACACUAGGAAAGAAGCCGGCGUUUCCUGACAAGCCCUCGGCUCCAGUGGGAAGGCCUCUCGGGGAGCACUUACCCAAGAUACAAAAGCCUCCUUUACCGCCAGCCACUGAAAGGCAUGACAGAGGUAGCCCCCUGCCAGGGAAGAAGCCACCUGUGCCAAGGCAUGGAUGGGGACCCGACAGAAGAGAGAAUGAUGAAGAUGACGUGCAUCAAAGACCUUUGCCUCAGCCCACAAUGCUCUCCAUGAGCUCCAAUACUUUUCCUUCCAGAUCUGCCAAGCUAUCGCCCAAGCACACCCUCCCAUCACCUCACAUGCCUGGAGCAUUCUCUGAAAGUAACAGUGGUUUUCCGCAGAGUGCCUCCCUGCCGCCAUACUUCUCUCAAGGCCUUGGCAAUAGACCACCUCCCAGAACUGAAAGCAGAAACUUUUCCUUACCAGUUCCAAACAAACCUCGACCACGGUCUCCUGGGGAAGAAGAGAACUCAUUAAAUGAAGAGUGGUACGUUUCUUAUAUUACCCGACCAGAGGCGGAAGCUGCUCUUAGAAAGAUAAACCAGGAUGGCACUUUUCUCGUCAGAGACAGCUCUAAAAAAACAAUAACCAAUCCGUAUGUCCUCAUGGUGUUGUACAAAGAUAAAGUUUACAACAUCCAGAUCCGUUACCAAGAGGAAAGCCAAGUUUACUUGUUGGGAACUGGACUCCGAGGUAAAGAGGACUUUUUGUCUGUGUCAGAUAUCAUCGACUACUUCAGGAAAAUGCCACUUCUGCUCAUUGACGGGAAAAACCGAGGCUCCAGAUACCAGUGCACGUUAACGCAUUCUGCGGGUUAUCCCUAGCAAGUUAGCCAAGCCGACGAGGAAGCUUCCUCCUGGCUAUGCUGCCAUCAGGGGAAGAACAGUCAACCUUGCUGAAGGGACCAACACUUAGGACUGGAUCGAACCCCUCAACGUGAACACAGCGUUUUGACCUUUCGCAUAAAAAAGUGUUUGAAAUGAAGACUGUCAAAUAUCUCCUAAUUUAUUUAUUCUUCUUCAAUGUUUGUGAAGUGCAUGAUGUUCACACUUGAAGUCUAGUAGGGGCCUGUAAUAACUCAUUUAAAAAAUGUGUAUUUUGGAAUACCCGUUUCGAAGUACAGUAGUUUACACGGUGACAGAAAUAAUUUGGAGCAAGUUUAAAGACACUGCAACAAAUAGUUUUUGGUAUCACAUAAACUGAUUUUUUUUAUAGCCAAACCUUUGUUAGUCGGAGGCAAUCAUGGGUUUUAUAUAUAUAAUUUGAAAAUUUCUAAAAUUCACUUUCUCGGCAGCAAUAAUUUAAGAGGCUUCAAACUAUUUCAUUCUUUCUUAUUUGAUGUCUUUUGCUGGGGGGAUUUUUGUGUACUUUUUUAUGAAAAGGUAAAUGCAUGAUGGGAUAACUUCCUAGGAUUAAAAUGAAUUUACCUUUUGCUUUACUUCUGUGUCCCUAAAACUAUUAACUCUGUUUAGGCCCUGCUCUUGCAUUUUAGUUUUAAAGAAAACUUAAGCUACAAAUACCAGAAGAAAUCAUUUUACAUUUAGAGAUGAGGCUUGGGUGUCAAAUAGAUCUGAUGUAAGUUCAUCAUAUACCGACACUCACACCCCACCACCCCUGCACCUCCCACAACUCCAAAAGCAUUUUCAAGUGAUGCGGGUUUUACCAAAGUCUUACUGCAAAGAUGAAAGAGCAAUGCAUAUACACAGAAAAAUGUGAUCAGACUUUCCUAUUAGAGGCCUUUCUUCUAUCUCUUUUAUCCCCUGACAACUCUACCUUAAAGCCCUUCCCAUCAUCCUUCCUAAAAAGGCUUUAUAAAUCCUUUGAAGCAAUUCAGCUCUUGGCUUCAGCUUACAUAUCUCACUUAACACACAGUAGCAGGUGUUUAGCACAACAAAAACCAGGCACUCGGUUGUUCUUCAUGUUUUCCCCUUUGGGGCCUUGAUUAUUAUUCCACAACUUUUAUUAACAACAAAAAUUCUUGCCUUCUCGGCUUCAUCUACGAGUUUUCGAGUGGCAAAAGGUAUCCUGCAUGUUCAUUUUCAUAAGCUAAUUAAUAGAACAUAAGGGGGCUUGGAAGUCACGUGGGUAAAACUGAUGGUUUGCUAAGAUAACAAGUAUGAUGAUGAUAAUGUUUCUUCAUCAAGUUUCAUCCUUACAAACUGGGAGUUCUCAGUUUAGGAUCUGCAGCUUGGGAGUUCUAAAGCUGAAAAGUCUGCAUUCAUAUACAAGUUUACUCAAGAGGAUUUCAACAAGCAUUUAUUUAGUGCCUAUUCUAUGUUAAACAAGGAGCUGGGUGGUGAGAAUAGCAGACACUGGGAGCUGACCUUGCGUCAUGCUUUACGGUACGCUAUCCUUUAUGCUUGAAAAUCUCUACAAUGAAGGAGGUAGUAGACUCCAAAGCAACGAUUUGGUAGUGAAUCAUGUCGCCUGCCAUGCCUCUACCCUCUUCUCCCUGCCAUAUGUA